AUGGCAGAGAGUGAUUUCGAUUCGGUUGACAGAACAUCAAAGCCGUUAUACUUAAAGAACAAUGAUCUUCGGGGUUCCUUAAAGAAACAGAUCACUGACUUUGAUCUUAUUGACCCAAUAAAAAAAGUAAUCGGUGAUGAGAUACUUUGCGUGCAAAUCGACCGCAAUCUGUGGAGAAUCUAUCUCAAAAGCACAGAAUGUCGACAUAAGCUCCUAACCCAGGGUAUUGACAUCAAUAGCGUAGCAUACCAGUUCUAUGACACUAACCCAUACACCUCAGGAGCUACAUCCGUUUCUCAAAAAACCCUAAAACUGAGGAUAUGUGGUCUCCCUCUCUCUGUGGCAGAUUCCGCGGUACAGGAAUUACUUAACAAACUCGAUGUCAAAUUAACAAGUAAAAUUCUGUACGAAAAAAUCCGCCAUCCAGAGACAAACCGGAUGACAAGUAUCCUAAAUGGAACAAGGUUCAUGUAUAUUGAGCCUCUUCCAGACGGAAAAUAUCUUCCGAGAAUUAACUACUGCGGUGGUAUCCAGUGUAAGCUUUUUCACUAUGGUAAACCCAAAAAGGACAUUCACCUUUUAUGUACUAACUGCUGGAAAACCGACCACACCCGCUCUAACUGUUCCUUCGAAACCUGUUGUAAGGUAUGCAAACAACCUGGUCAUUCCCCCGGGAAUGAAGCAUGCCCUCAUUAUCAGCCACAAAAGCAUUUGACCCCUUUCAGUGGUGCAGAGGAUGUUCUAUCCAACUUUUACCCAUGCGUUUUGGAUAUCUUCGGAAUUAAAUACAAGUCGGCUGAGCAUGCCUUUCAGUACAUAAAGGCAGUAAGAUGCAGUGACCUAGAUUCUGCCAAUAUCAUCAAAGAUGCCGAUGACGCCCUUUCCGCUCUACGCAUAGGAAAAAAAAUAAAACCUAACGAGCAGUGGGUUUCUACCAAGGAGGCUGUUAUGGAGGAGAUUUUGGAAAACAAAUGUGUCCAGGGCCCUGUUUUCCGCGAUAAAUUGUGUACUUCCAAGCAGUCGACAGUAUUCGUUGAAACAACAUACAACAACGAAUGGGGCUCAGGGCUUGACCGGGAUGGUACAUGCAACACCAAACCCGAACAAUGGCCAGGAAAGAACAUUCUUGGUGUCCUUAUGAAAAAAAUCGCAAGAAAGGUUCGGAAAAGAAAGCUAAGCGAUUCAGCAAAAAGCGAAAGAAAACAAAAACAAAAAGAUCUUCCGAAACAAAAAACAAUACCGCAAAUGCUUAAUCAGCUGAGAGAAAUGUCCGAUAGUGAUGAACCUGACACGGAGAGUUCCGGUGAUGAUACGUGUAAGUAACUGUAUUAUCUCCGAUCAGACUGACGCAGCAUUGCAUGAACUGUGGUAUGUGCUUAGUAAUAUUUAUUUACAGACAUUUUUGGCAUACUUUAAAAAUGCUAUAAUGAAUUGGUAUGUUCUAUUUUUAC